AUGGAGGAGGGAGGGUUCCAGACCCUCCUGGUCCUCCAAGGCUACGGCCACGGUUACGGCGGCCCAUGGCGAACACCUGCCCAGGAAGGUGUCGACCGUGUCCAUCGCCGAGCAACGGGUCGCCCGGCGGAAACGGCAUCAAACAGUGACCAGAGUGAAGAUUCCCCUCCCCCUCUACCUGAGAGAACCCCAGAGUCCUUCAUUUUGGCCACAGACCCAUCAGAGUUGAAGGCACCAGGACCAUCAGACUGGAGUAUCUCGGAGGACCAGUCAGUAAAAGGAGCAGGUUUUCCUCAGGAGCAGAGGAGUACACAGGCACAGACAGCAGAGAGAGAACCAUCAGGAGAGAGGAGUAAGAAGAUUUCAGAUGCAGCAGGAGUGGAAACAUCACCUGCCAACACCACAGUAGCAGACAGCUCAGCAGAGAGCAAGGCUUCCUCCGAGAUGGGAUACGGUAACCGCUGCACACAACCCAAAGGCCCCAGGAACCCCUACACAGUGGACAUGAUCAUGGCUUCUACCUAUAGCCCCCUUCACUGCCCCCCUCCCCCUCCAAGUCCUCCUGGAUCCUCACCUUGUCUCUUACAAGGGCCACUGUGUAUGAAGGAGAUGACUGGGUGCUGUCCCAUCCUUGGACACCGACACCUUUUCUAACUCAUAGGGCAGAUGUGAAAUGGCACCCUAUUCCCUAAAUAGUGCACUGUAUAUUUGGCCAGAGUCUUGUACAUGUAGGCAACAGGGUGCCAUUUGAGACAAAGUCUAAAACACAAUCUGCAAAGCAAUUUAGAUAAUCUACCCAGGAUGCAACGGUACACUUUCUGCUGUACUUGUGCCAGUUGCCAGGGGCUGUCUGUGUGCUGGUGCUAUUAAGUGUUUCCCAAAUGGAACU